GUUGCAGUCACAGUUGCUCCCUCUCUGCUCUCUGAUUGGCUCAUUGCUCAGUUCAGGUUGCUUGUAUCUGUUGUCAGUGAGGUUGCAGUAACAGUUGCCCUCUCUCUGCUCUCUGAUUGGCUCCCUGCUCAGUUCAGGUUGCCUGUAUCAGUUGUCAGUGAGGUUGCAGUCACAGUUGCUCCCUCUCUGCUCUCUGAUUGGCUCCCUGCUCAGUUCCUCCUGAGGAAAUCACUCCUUUUAUAGUUAACGGAGAGCCGAGCUGCUGUGUUCCGGGUUCAGACUCACUCAGCAUGUAGAGGAGGCGGACCUCAGGGACACCUGGACCACCGCGGACACUCCGGAGUCCGGAUUCACCACAUCGAUCCAUCACACAUCGAUCAGCUGUUGAUCAGUGAAGACUGAGGUCCCGGGUCCAGGGGCCACACUUCAGGGUUAGAUUCUGGUCUUAUUGAGGCAUCGAGACCCCGGAGGUUCCCUGAAGCAUGGGGAACCUGAUCAAGGUGUUAACCAGAGACAUCGACAACAAUGGAGGAAACUUCUUCCUGGACUUUGAGAACGCUCAGCCCUCGCAGUCAGAGUCGGAGGUGUGGGAGGAGGUGAACCAGGUCCUGACGGAGGCUCAGGUCAUCCUGGAAGACCUGCAGUCGUACAGAGGAGCCGGAGAGGAGAUCCGACAGGCCAUCCAGAGUCCAGGUGUGGAGGGGGUUCAGGAGAAGGCCUGGGCUGCCGUCGUCCCCCUCGUCGCCAAACUCAAAUCCUUCUACGAGUUCUCUCAGAAACUCGAGUCCAGUCUGGGGCGUCUCCUGGUCGUCCUUACCAGCUCCUCGACUCCCACUCAGCACCUGGAGCAGAAACAGGCUCUGGCUCGUCAGUUCGCCCACAUCAUGCACUUCACGCUGCGCUUCGACGAGCUCAAGAUGACGAACCCGGCGAUCCAGAACGACUUCAGUUACUACAGACGAACGAUCAGCCGGAUGCGGAUCAACAACCUCUCUGCCGACGCAGGAAAUGAGGUCAACAACGAACUGGCCAAUCGGAUGUCUCUAUUUUACGCCAGCGCCACGCCGAUGCUGAAGACGUUAAGUGAUGCUACGUCGAAGUUCGUCUCAGAUAAUCCGGAGACCCCGACUGAAAACACGACAGACUGUCUGAGCACGAUGGCCAGCGUUUGUAAAGUGAUGCUGGAAACACCGGAGUACCGCAGUCGUUUCACCAGUGAGGAGACGGUGCUGUUCUGCCUCCGAGUGAUGGUCGGGGUUAUCAUCCUGUACGACCACGUUCAUCCGGCUGGAGCCUUCGUUAAGACCGCCAAUAUAGACAUGAAAGGCUGCAUCAGAGUGCUGAAGGAGCAGCCGCCGAGCAGUGUGGAGGGGUUACUCAAUGCUCUCAGGUAUACGACCAAACAUCUGAACGAUGAGGCGACCUCCAAGCAGAUCAAGAGCAUGCUGCAGCCGAAUUAACUCCCCGCUUCUUCAGACUGGAACUGGAGCGAUACAGGGAGACAAGAGAGAGUGUUGUGGUCCAAAUUUCCAAAGAACUACUGAACAUACUUGUAGCUAUAAUAAUUUGUCUUUAACCUCAGUUGUUUUUUGUUGUUUUUUCAAACUCUGAUUUUAAGAAAAGCUGUUUUUUGUUGUUUAAAAAAGAGGAAACGUUUGGUUGGUUGAUCCAAGAGAGAGUUGCUUGAGCUGCUUUCACGUGGCGUCAGAUUCACAAAAACACAAACCUGAUCCAUGAAAUGACGUCGGGAGUUUUCAGGAGUUCAGGUCAGGCGUGUUUCAGAUCUGUCCGGUCCUGUUCCUCACCGGAGUACGAACAUCAGGAGCAGCUGGGUCUGCUUUGAUCUGACCGUUCUGGGACAGGGUUUAUUUGUCCUCUGAUGUGACGUGAACGCAGCGUGGAGGAUUUUUAAGAAGCACUGAUGUGUUCGCUGUCGUUUGUUUCAGUGUUUGAUAGAUCAUCGCUUAAGGAACCUUGUUCUGGUUUGAUUCCUCUGCUGCAGAUCCUACCUCAGAUUACAGUCUCUGUGGCAGAGGGUACACAGCUGAACGUCACUGAUUGAUCUUUAAAGUACGGGGCCCAGGUUUUCAAAAGUGAUCUGAUUGGAUUACAGACGUGUGAUCAGGUGAAAUACCCUUUAUAUGAGCAGGAGGUUAAAAUCAACAACUUUAUGAACAAGUCGGCACAAAAUAUUGAUUUAAAGAUGCUAAAAAUGACAAUUUUAACCAACUGAAAAAAAGUCCCCUCUGAUUUAAACGCUUCGUUUUUGCCACAGUGUCAACAGGCAGAGGUGAAAUACGCCGUGCUACUUUCUAAUCAGGUUAUCGGGUUGUUCCUGGAAACUCUUAGCUGUCCAGGAUUUAUCUUUGUUGUUAUGGGACUGUGACCAAUCAGAGUCAAGUAUUCAACACAACUUUGAUGCAUUAAUAGUCGUGAAAUGACGAUAAAAAAAAAAGUUACAUCAGGUUAUUCGGGCGAAAAAGAGAUCGUAGAUUAAAUUGAGGUUAAGUAAGUUUUUAAACUUGAUCAGAACAUUUUAAGGAUAACUGAUCCAAAAACAAAAAAAACGUCCCCUGUUAAGAACUGAAAAUUGUUCUUUUGGUCAUUCCAAGAAGCUGCAGUAAGCAUGCCAGGCCUGUAGGUGGCGGUGUAACUUCUGGAGAACAGCAGAUGCCCGUGCAUGAAGGCGAUCUUUAACAACGAAUAAGGGCUGUGGUGUCAUCGUUUUCACACUGUCCACUAGAAGGAGAAACUUGCUAAGAUUAAAAUCAACAACUUAAAUUUAAAGAUGAUUUUGUGGCUAAAAAUGACGUUUUUAACCGACCGAAAAAAAAGUCCCCAGAGAUCGUUUUUGCCUCAGUGUCAACGGGCAGAUGUGAAACGUGUCGGACUACUUUCUAAUCUGGUUUGAUUGGACAUAUGUGAUCAGGCUGUCCAGGAUUUGUUGUUAUGGAACUGUGACCAAUCAGAGUCAAGUAUUCAACUUUGAUGCAUUAAAAGUCGUGAAAUGACGAUUAAAAAAAAAAGUUACAUCAGGUUCGGGCGAAAAAGAGAUCGUAGAGUAAAAUUAGAUUAAGUUAUGUAAAGUUUUUAAACCUGAUCAAAACAUUUUAAGGAUAACUGAUCCAAAAACAAAAAUAACGUCCCUGUUAAGAACUGAAAAUUGUUCUUUUCGUGAUUACAAAAAGCUGCAGUAAGCAUGCCAGGCCUGUAGGUGGCGGUAUACCUUUUUAAGAACAGCAGAUGCUCGUGCGAAUGGUGCUGUGAUGUCAUCGUUUUCAGUGUCCACGUUUUGCUAGUUAACACGGCGACAGGAGGGGCGCCAUUUUCAGAAAAACGCCGUUAACGUAUAAAUCAACGACCAAAACGUUUCCUGCUCCUCUUUAUCGGCAUCCGGAUGUUUAAAUGAUCACAUUAUUAUAACUUACUCUAGUUGUGACGUUACUUUAAAGUCAUAAAGUAGACGUUAGAAGAACGACUUCAGGGUUUAAGUCCACGUAAAAUAAUCCGAAUGAUAACGUAAAUAUUACAUUUGAACCGUGUUUCGUAAAACUGUCACUUUGCGUGGAUUCUGGCGCCCCCUCUGGACACAGCAUGCAUUACGUCGUCUCAUUCAGAGCUCAUGUAAUCUGGGUUAGUAACUUUGUGAACCUCUGGGCCCUGUUUUCUAAAAGUCCGAUGUUAUUUAACUUCUUAAAGCGGCAGUGCUUUGGGAAAUGAAACAGAGUAAAACGUCAAAGCAUUUUUUAACCUUCCUGUUUCUGUCUUACAUUUCCUUUGUGGAUCUGAAGACUCGUGGAGUGAUAUUUGAAUCUUGGCGAGGAGGCGUAGAGAAACGGUACUGAUAGGAGAGGCUGGCGUUGGAUGUGAUCAGUGGGACUGCUGACUGGAAUCAAAGCUUUUAGUUUGUGGUGUGGAAGCUGCAGCGUCAGGGAGUGUACGGCAUUAAGUGUUCUUUAAUGAUGUCUGUGUUGGCCAAAUAAAGUUUUUACAUUUUUAAGAAAGAA